AGAAACAUGGCGGCGUCCCUGAUCUGCGGCCGGCUGUCCGCUGGACUGAGGAAUUCGGGGUCCCAGACGGCUCUGAGUUCGGCAGCUAAGGUACUUGCUGGAUCCUCUGGGCUGUUUGGUAAAAAUGCCCACCAGCCUUCUCCACUGGUGACGGGGCAGCAGCAAAGGAAUCUGUCCCUGCACGAGUACCUGAGCAUCGGCCUGCUAAAGGAGGCAGGCAUUUCGGUUCCUGCAGGCAUGGUGGCCAGCACACCCGAUGAGGCCUACACUGCCGCCAAGCAAAUCGGCUCUAAAGAUCUAGUGGUAAAGGCACAGGUGUUGGCUGGAGGCCGAGGCAAAGGGUCAUUCGAGGGAGGCUUGAAAGGAGGUGUCAGAAUCGUAUACUCGCCAGAAGAAGCUAGGGACAUUUCCUCACAGAUGAUUGGCAAGAAGCUUUUCACUAAGCAGACAGGCGAGGCAGGCCGGAUCUGUAAUCAGGUGUUUAUUUGCGAGCGGCGUUAUCCCCGCAGAGAGUAUUACUUCGCCAUCACCAUGGAGAGGUCCUUUCAGGGCCCGGUGUUGAUUGGUAGUUCCCAGGGUGGUGUGAACAUUGAAGAUGUGGCGGCCGAGAAUCCAGAUGCUAUUGUAAAAGAACCCAUUGAUAUUGUAGAGGGCAUUAAGAUGGAGCAAGCCAUUACGGUGGCUAAGAAGAUGGGUUUUCCAGAGGCGUUGAUAAAUGAAGCAGCAGAGAACAUGAUUAAACUCUACAACCUUUUUAUUCAAUAUGACGCGUCUAUGGUGGAGAUCAACCCUAUGGUCGAGGACUCCUCUGGCAUUGUAAUGUGCAUGGAUGCCAAGAUCAACUUUGAUUCCAACGCUGCAUACAGACAGAAAAAAGUGUUCGACAUGCAGGACUGGAGUCAGGAGGACAUCAGAGACAGACAGGCAGCUAAAGCCGACCUCAACUACAUUGGCCUGGAUGGCACUAUCGGCUGCUUGGUGAAUGGUGCUGGGCUUGCUAUGGCAACCAUGGACAUCAUCAAACUCCAUGGAGGAACUCCUGCCAACUUUCUUGAUGUAGGAGGUGGAGCCACAGCGCAUCAAGUGACAGAAGCCUUCAAGCUUAUCACCUCUGAUAAAAAGGUGCAGGCCAUCCUGGUCAACAUUUUUGGUGGCAUUAUGAGGUGUGAUGUCAUCGCUCAGGGUAUCAUUAUGGCUGUCAGGGACCUGGACCUGAAAAUCCCUAUCGUAGUGCGGUUACAAGGAACGAGAGUGGAUGACGCAAAGGCACUGAUUGCUGCCAGUCCUCUGAAGAUCCUGGCCUGUGAUGACCUGGAUGAGGCAGCUAAGAUGGUUGUAAAGCUUUCUGAAAUUGUGUCACUGGCCAAAGAGGCCCAAGUGGAUGUUAAGUUCCAGCUGCCCAUCUAAAGACUUCCCAAUCUGCACUCCAAAAAUAACAAGCUAACUUUCAAGCUGCCCAGACCCAUAUCUUCCUUUCACUGUCCACGCUUCUGUCUAUGGACUGUUUCGGACCCACCUAUAUGUAACCAUGCAUUGCUGCCCUCUCUCAUGUUUUCACCAGUGCUUCCAGUUUGUAAAGUCUACAUUCAUUUCAGCUUUUACCGCUUCAGUCUUGUACGCCGAUUAAAUCUGAUCAGAUAUGCUCCUCUAAGCGCUUACUGCAGAAAUCUGGUCUUAUCAGUGUAACCGAAUUAGAUCCGGGUUGUAGCGAUCGUGGUUAUAUUGAUUGGAACAGGUGAGUGUUACUGUUCUUUAUUCUUCUUUAUUGGAGUUUUUCUUUUAUUCAGAGGCGGACCUAUUUAUGCGGGACUGUAUUUAUAGUGAGGAUGUACCCAGGGGUAAAGCUGGCUGGAUGUAGUAUGAACACAUCAUCUGUGUGUCAUUAAAGUCAUUCUCUUUCUUUC